GGUUCGCACCACUUCCGCUUCCGGUUGGGACUGUGGCAAAAUGGCAGCUGCCAUAGCAGCCUCGGCACUGCCGGGCGUCUUCGGGCGGCUGGUGUCUUUGUGUAGCCGUAGCAUCUUGGCAUCCCAAGGACCCGGACCUGCCUCCCUUUGGUCUGCUUCUCGAAGGUUCAGUUCACAGAGUGCUUCAUAUCCACAAGGAUACGUUCCUAAGACCUCCCUGAGUUCCCCACCCUGGCAAGACGUGGUUCUGCCGGACUCUGUUGAAGAGACUAGACACCAUGCAGAGGUUGUGAAGAAGGUGAAUGAGCUGAUCGCCACAGGCCAGUAUGGCCGGCUCUUUGCUGUUGUGCACUUUGCCAGCCACCAAUGGAAGGUGACUGCCGAAGACCUGAUUCUAAUUGAAAAUGAGUUGGACAUCAAAUGUGGAGAGAGGAUUCGGAUGGAGAAGGUCCUGCUGGUUGGGGCAGACAACUUCACACUCCUCGGCAAGCCACUCCUUGGAAAAGAUCUUGUACGAGUUGAAGCCACAGUCAUUGAAAAGACAGAAUCAUGGCCCAAAAUCAACAUGAAAUUUAGGAAAAGGAAAAACUUCAGGAGGAAAAAAAUCAUUGUGAACCCACAGACCAUCCUCCGGAUUAACACCAUUGAGAUUGCACCUCGUUUGCUGUGACCACAGAGCCGAUGUCUAAGAAGUUCUGAGAUGUCUAAGAAACUCAAGUCUGUACUCUCAGGAAGCUGAGGCAGGAGGAUCACAAGUUCCAGGCCAGAUUCGGCUACACAGCAAGACCCUGUCUGACACUGAAAACAAAUAAAGGAUUUUGUAGGAGA